CAGUAAAUUGUAACUGGUCACACUUACUCUGGGGUAAACAAUGUUUUUGUUUUUAAUUUGAAAUUGCUUAAAAAAUAUGUCAGCAGAGGAAAUAGAAGCUGCCUUUAACCGCCAUGAGGGGAUUGGGUCCCAAGUGAAGCAGGCCUACGAAGAAGCCAUUACAAAAAUCUUUGCCGACCUGAGCCGCUCAGAUCUGGAAGAAUGUGAAGCCAUUUAUGAGGAACAUGAAGAAUCAGCUUUGGACACCGAAUAUAUCAUUAACCGCACUCGCAGCCUUAUGACAAAGGCAGUUUUUGAAAUGAAUUCUUGCUUUUUCGCCAGCAACAAUGUGGAAAAGAAGCUAACAACUUUGGAGAUGCUCAAGGAACAGUUUGCUCAAUAUGAGGGCAAGAAUUGGUGCUGGAAUUUUAACACCACCGACCCCGAUGAACUCACUCGCCCGUUGCGUAUGCGAUAUAUGGAUUUCAGUCUGAAUUUUAUGCAGCAACAACUGGAGUCCCAGGAAAAAGAACUUGAGAUUGCCAUGGCCAAAAACAAUGCUAAUCGUGAGCGAAUACAAAAUAUGCAGGACGAGCGGCUGAAAUUGAGUGCCCAAAUAGAGCAGCAAUUAUCUCAGUACCAGAAAAUAAAACCAGAAAUAAUCAAGAUAGAACAGACAAUAAAUGAUUAGUAUUUGACAACCGAAAA